CUCUCAAUCGACUACAUUUUAGCCGUCGGCCAAAGUGGUGGUCGAGUCGAUCAUAUAUUUUCCAUGUUUCACACGCUUUUUAAAGCAAAGAAGAUGACUGAUAUACCUGUGAUCUUACUGACAGAAAGAAAUUCAUCUCUGCUGCUAGAUGAGGGUGAUAAUUUGAUCCUAACUAAUAGCGGGCUCGAGGCUGGUUACUGCGGUCUUGUGCCUCUUGAGGGACCUUGCAAAGCCACAACAUCUGGGUUGAAGUGGAAUCUG